GCGCUGACUACAGUCCUCAGUGUACCUGAUUGGUUCUCUUUGGAGUAACGUCCAUUACUCUUCUAGGAAGUUUCGAGAACGGAUACGAACUGUAAUAUUGGUGGGAGUUCUAUGCGCUUGCAACAGUUCGUCAAAUACUAUUACGUGGAGUGAGACGAGCGUUUCCGACGCACGGAUAUUUUCCACAAGUAACUUUCUGCUGAUACAGCAGGAGCAGAACUAGUAUACCACAUAUAGAGCAGAUUCAGUAAGGAACAAAUUAUUGAAAAUGGUAAAGGAAACUACAUACUAUGAUGUUUUGGGUGUAAAGCCUGGAUGUGCUCAGGAAGAUUUGAAGAAAGCUUAUAGGAAGCUUGCGCUUAAAUAUCAUCCUGAUAAAAAUCCUAAUGAAGGAGAAAGAUUUAAACAAAUUUCGCAAGCAUAUGAAGUAUUAUCGAAUCCUGAAAAGAAGCGAAUUUAUGAUCAAGGUGGAGAACAAGCUUUGAAAGAAGGUGGUGGUGGUGGCAAUGUAUUCUCUUCGCCUAUGGACAUUUUUGAUAUGUUCUUUGGUGGAGGUUUCGGAAGAUGCAAUCGAAGGAGAGAACGUAAAGGUCAAGAUGUUAUGCAUCAAUUGUCCGUUUCGUUGGAGGAGUUGUACAAAGGCACUGUUCGCAAGUUAGCUCUACAAAAGAACGUUAUUUGUGAUAAAUGUGAAGGUAUUGGUGGAAAGAAAGGGGCUGUCGAAUCUUGCACUACCUGUCAUGGAACUGGUAUGCAAGUUCAAAUACAACAGCUAGGACCUGGAAUGCUGCAGCAUUUGCAGAGUAUGUGUGCAGACUGUAAAGGUCAAGGAGAACGCAUAAAUCCGCGUGAUCGUUGUAAACAAUGUGGUGGCAAGAAAACAGUAAGGGAGAGGAAAAUUUUGGAAGUUCACGUUGACCCAGGCAUGGUAGAUGGGCAGAAAAUCAUUUUUAGUGGAGAGGGUGAUCAAGAACCAGACUAUGAACCAGGAGAUAUCGUUAUUCUUCUUGAAGAAAAGGAACAUGAAGUUUUUAAGCGUUCGCGCAAUGAUCUAAUUAUGAGGAUGCAUCUAGAACUAGUAGAAGCUCUAUGUGGGUUCCAGAAAGUUAUUCGUACUUUAGACGAUAGAAAUUUGGUAGUAACGUCGUAUCCGGGAACAGUUAUAAAAUAUGGAGAUUUGAAGUGCAUUUUGAACGAGGGAAUGCCUGUUUACAAAGAUCCCUUUACACAUGGCAGACUUAUAAUUCAAUUUGUAGUGAAUUUCCCAAAAACCAUAGACCCUGCUGUUAUUCCAACGCUUGAACAAUGUCUACCUCCAAGAGAAGAGGCAAUAAUUCCAGAUAAUGCGGAAGAAUGUUCUCUCGUGGAUCUAGAUCUGGAUCUGGAACAAGAAGCUAGGCGAAGAGAUCAGCGACAAGCUUACGAAGAAGACGAAGGAGGUCCUUCGCGAGUCCAAUGUGCCACACAUUAAAACGAUUACAUCAAUUUUACAAUAAAUAUGGUCAUUCUUUCAUUUUAAACUUCUGUCCCAUUCGCUCGAUUCUGAUCGUAUGUAUUAAGAGAAGAACGAAAAAUGCGGGCAUGUAAAAGUUCUUCAAGAUGAACGAAAAGAACCUGAGAGAAACGUUUAGACACGUGCACCACCGUGAAAACCAUACUUAUGGAAUCACCAACGACUCUGCAAAGAUCAUACGCAAAUACUGAAUUGUAUAGGAGACCGUUGCUAGCACUAGCGAUGAUACAUUUAUCAUCAUUCCUGAAUUCAACUACAAAUUCUGGUGGAAACGAGUAAACUGAUUACAACUAAUUCAUUGCUUGCUGUAGAAAAGUAUUAAAAAAUGUACUUAUCAUUAAACACAAUGAUAAGAAAGAAGAAUUUAAUCAGCAUCUACUGCAACAUCGUGUAACGUUAGUAGUGAACAGAAAACAUAAUCAAUUAUAUCACAUAAUGCUAAACAUUCUAAUUACCUUCGUCUAUUUGUGAUUUUAUUUCUUUAUAAUGAAUAGUUAGCAAUUCUCAACACUGAUACGCGCAUAUCGAAUGCUAGAGGUAUAAUUAGACAGUCGAAAGAAAUUAAUACAUUAUCCGUAUUCUAAUAUUCUGUUGUUUCUUAAAUUAUUUGGUGUUUUAUAUUUCUUUCAGAAUUUCAUUUAAUGUUGACAUAAGUAACGUUGAUCAUGAUAACAGCAAAUAAUGUGAUGAACGUACUAUAUUAUUAGAAAUAAAUUGUAUAACAUC